GUGUGUGUGAGACGCAGAGAGGCAGCCGAGAUGAGGGUGUGAAGCAGUGAGAGGGAAAACCUCGAAAGAAGGCGAUCAGAAAGGGGGGCGGGGGAGACGGGGGAGACAGCGAACACAGUAAAAAGGCAGAGCAGAGUAGAAGAAGAAAGAGAAGAGAAGGGGGGAGGGAGAUAAGUGUAACUGUGAAUCUUUGACAGUCUUGGUGCCAAAGUGAAGAGAUGCAAUGACUAGAUGACCAGCCACUACACACACCAGCAUCCUGUCCUGGAGGCUUGACAGGAGGGGGGAAGAGAAAAAUCCACACACACUCAAAGGCAAAACGCUCUCUUCAACAGUCCCACAUCCACUGGAUCAUGUCGUCGACGGGGUCAACCAACCACAACAAGCGCCUGGCAUCUGAGACAGACAUAUCUCAACGGAUGUUGGACAAUGAUUCUGCGCAGCACCUGAAGUUAAAAGAGAGACAGCGCUUUUUUGAAGAGGUCUACCACCAUGACGUGGACAACUACUUGCCUUCUGCUCACCUGCAGGUCGACUGCAGGAAACCCCCCAUGGGAAGUAUCUCCUCUAUGGAGGUGAACGUGGACGUCCUGGAGCAGAUGGACCUGAUGGACAUCUCUGACCAGGAGGCCCUCGAUGUGUUCCUCAACUCAGGCUCAGGAGCAGAAGAGGGCGCACUGGCAUCUCCGCUACCAGAGGGUGAGGAAGAGGAAAGAGGAUGAGGAGGAUGAAGAGGCUGAGGUUGUCUACAGGGACCGCGCACCUUUGAAACGGCAAGACGAAGUUCAGCGCGUCUCAAAGUCUCGCAUGUCAUCUACAUCAUCGGGUUCCAGUGAAACCAGCGGGGGUGGAGCUGACACACCCGUGAUCCAGUCAGAUGAUGAAGAGGUCCACGCCGACACUCUGCUGCUGACCUCUGUUCCCCACACCAGGGAUGAAGAGACAGAGGAGGAAGACGAGGAGGAAAGAUGCCUUGCAAGUAAAUCGCCAUAAAGACUGAAUUUCAAUCUCUGUAGAGAAACACUGACAGUAUAAAAAUAGAGUCUGAGAUAUGUCUUUUCUCUCGACAUUUGCAACCCCCCCCCCCCAGCAUGGUUGACCUAGCUAUGAUUUUCUGCGUCUUUUGAAUGUUUCCCUGAGAUCAUUGGAUUUUUCUUGACAACUUAAAAUCUAUUUUUCCUCGUAAGUAACACUCUUAUUUAAUCCUCUGUUGAAACUCUUAGCAGUGGUGUCUGAAGUGUCUUUACAUUUAUAUGCAAAUAAUAUGAUUCAAUCCAGUUCUUAUGGCACCAACACCUUGGGCCAGAUGCAUAAAAAGUACACACAAAAACCAUGCGUACACCUUUUCACACGCAUAAAGGGGUAUUUAUAAAGGAACAAUGUGUAAUAAAAAUUGUUCAAAACAGGCAUACAGACACUUUUAGCUGAGAUAGCUGUGGGUGAUAUGAUAAGGCUGAAAUUAAAUAUUAGUGAGACAGAUAGCAUUGUUUAAGGUUGUUAGACACUUUGCUGAUUGUGCCAUUAUUUUGCAGGCUGCAGGUCGUUCUGUAAAAUGUCAAUUGAAGGUGCAUUUGUGAAAUUAAUUUUAAAUUAUACGAGUGACAAAUUUAAUCACUAUUUAAUUGCU